AUGUCUUCCAGCUCUUCAGCUAACUCCUCUUCUAACCAAAUCCGUCCGGAAGAUCGUCGCGAAUCCUCAGAACCGAGCUCUUCCUCUUCAAAUCCUCAUCUAUCGAACUCGUCUCGAGAAGAGAAUAGCCCUCCACAGUUAGUCCGAAAAAACUCAAAAUCAGCUGGUGCCAGUAGUAGCCGUUCUCGACCACGAGUCGAAGCGACCGAACAACCAGAAGCUCGUGAGACGGAUGCUCACGCUGGGUUGGACACCGAUAACGUCGAUCACGGGAUUGAGGAGAUCGAAGAGAUUGAAGGGGUCGAAGAAAUUGAGGAAAACAAUGACGAGGAGAACGUCACUGAAACAAGAGGUGCCGAAGACGAUCUCGAAGCGAUAAUUCACGCUUCACCACCUCUUCCGAAACGAAAAGUCGUUUGCCCCCACACCGUACCUUCUUCUUCUGUUUCUCCUGGCGCCGUUCGUGCCGUGCUUGAAGAAAACGGACUUGAAGACAAAGUUAUAUUUAUCGUCCCAGAAGCUGGAGAUCGGCCAUGGGACGUCCCCGAGGGCUUCAUCUGCAUCUAUCUGACGUAUUUUAUGCAGUGCGGGCUCUCCUUCCCAAUUCUUUCUCGCCUGCUCGGCUACUGCAAUCGUCGUGGUGUUGCUCUUACGCAGGUGAUGCCAGCUUCGAUAACGAACUACGUAGGGUUCGUAUCUCUUUGUGAUGAGCUCGGCAAGACUCCAACCAGUCGGCUUUUUGAGGACCUUUUCUCGGUUAACAUCCACAAAUCUAAGGAGUGGUUCUUCGCUGCAAACGCUAAGCCGAAGAAGAACAUCGUUACUGGACCGAAGCCCAGUAAAUUCAACGACUGGGAAUCUCUCUACUUUUAUCUGGAGAUGAACGAUCUCACCGUCGUCAUCUCCCGAGCAUUAUCCUUAACUCCGGACUUACCUCUGAGUUCGAAGAAGCCUUCAGUGAAGCCGGUAAGCGUCGUUGGCCUGAGGUUUGGGAAGAAAUUCUUCAGCGCCGAGCUAAGAAAGCAGAUUCUCAUUGCAGGUUCUGUUCGCGAACCAAAACCACGGAAGCCAAAAGCUCGAGCUAGCAAGCCUCGAGCCGCUCCUAAACGCAAAGCACCGAAGUCGCGAGCUCAACACACCCGAACCGCCAGGAUGCUCUCAAUAGACGAGAUCCCAACUCUCUUUGACACAGAGGAGCUAGACGUGGCAGAUCCGACCCCUGUCCCUGCUGCCGAAGGGACUAAUAAGCAGCCAGAGGAGGUGCUGCCUGCUGCGAACUCACCUAACCAAGCUGGUCAGAAGAAGACGAAGAAGAAGAAGUCUUCUAAAAAGAUUAAAAAGAUUGAAGACUCUUCUCGAGCACAGGACGCAGCUAUCGAGCUCGAGCCUCCUACAAUCGCGACGUCGGACCUCGCAAUUCCUCACGACCAGGCUGAAGCUUCUCACUCUCGGAAGAGGCAGAUGAGAGACCAAGCCGAAGGCUCUCCAGGACCGGAGCCAGCCAAAAGGACCAAGGUGUGCUUUGAUUACGACGAAGAGGGUCCUUUUGAGGAGAACGUCGACGCUUGCGCCGAUCUUUAUCACAAGAUCUCCUCUGAUGUGCCGAGUCUUCCGGCUAUCUCCGAGCUCCGGUUCCCCAACUUGUACAAGGGGAUUGCUCGCACAACUGCCGUGCUCGCCAGCCAGACCAACACUCUGGUUGCCACGUACGAGGUAGCUCUCUAUGACGAGCAAGUUAGGGUUGCUGAGCUCGAGGAAAGGGUCUCCAAAGCAGAAGAGCGCCUUGCCACCGAGCUCCAAAUCAACGACACUCUCCAUUCUUCAGUUGAUUUACUGAAGCAAGAGAGUGCUGAACUAAAAGCGGUGAGAAAGGAGCUCACCGAGGCCCAGAACAUGCUUGUUCAAGAGUUCGAGAGGGAUCGAGAGCGGCUGCGGGAUUUGGUAUCGCACUGGAAGAAUCGAGCUAAGAGCGUUCACGCGAAGGCCUGCGAGCGCUUAGAGAAAGUCAUCCGGAGCUUGGAUGAUGCUGACCGAGCUCGUAAGCCGUACCUAAUCUACAACCAGCUCACCGGAGUCCUCGUUUUAUCAAGCAGCUCAAAAAGAAGGGCUUGUAUGAGGUUCCACCCGAUAUGGUAG